UUCACUCCUGGGAGUGGACAGAUUCGAUAGCUCAUUGUCAGCUUUCAUCCCCCCUUCUUUUGCCCUAAAGAAAUGCAGUAAGCCUAUAAUGCUUUCGUCUCGGGCUGAGUUGGAGACUUUCCCCUGUAGACUUGCAGAGAGAAGCAUGGAGCCAGGAACAAAGUGUGCCUCCUGGUAUCACACUAUGUAAGGGACUCUGCAGACACAGUGAGAGGGGAGACAGACCAUAUUAAGGAGAGACUGCCCUAUAUCCCCACAUUUUGUACUGCUCAGUCACUAGGUUCCCGGAGACAAGGACUGUUACUUGUGAUCUAUGGCUAUACCUUCCAGGAAAACCUUCCUUACUUAACGUCCAGUUCUCCAUUAAUAAGGUCACUUGAUUUGUGUAAACUUUGUUUCUAUACGAUUAGCCCUGUGCCCUAGCAGUAUGGCUGUAAGUUGGAUAGCCGGACUUGUCACAGGCUUGGCAGCUCUUCAUUUUCUACAGAAGAGGUUUUUUCCAUACUUCUGGCUGGAUCUGAGAUAUAUGGUGAAAGUAAUCGGUUAUGGUCUGGAGCUUGAGAAGUAUAAAAGGAACGCUCAUGUGGUGAGUGUUGUGGAUCGCUUUGUCCAGCAAGCCCAAAACAUCCCUGACAAGCCUUUUAUAAUAUUCCAUGGAGAGGUCCACACGUAUGGUGACAUGGAUAAAAGAAGCAACAGAGUGGCCAACUUCUUCAUGAAGCACACGGCGCUGCAGAAGGGGGACACUGUGGCCAUGCUGAUGAACAAUGAACCUGACUUUAUUAAUGUUUGGUUUGGAUUGGCGAAACUUGGAUGCCUGGUGGCAUUUCUUAACUACAACAUCCGAUCCAGAUCUCUACUGCAUUGCUUUCAUAGCUGUGGAGCCAAGAUCCUUAUUGUGGGAGCAGAUAUGCUUGAUUCAUUGGAAGAAGUCUUGCCAAAUCUACAGGAAGACAACAUUUCAGUUUGGGUAAUGGCUGCCGAAACUACUCUUCCAGGUGUAAAUACUGUCCUAGACAAACUGGACACUGUAUCUGAUGAACCUGUGCCCCAAAAGCUGCGCUUUGUCAGCAGCAUAAAAGCUGCAACACUGUUCAUUUUCACUUCAGGGACUACAGGUUUGCCUAAAGCGGCUGUUAUUAGCCAGCUACAAGCACUGAAAGGGGCUGCUGGCAUAUGGGCAUUUGGGGGCACCCCGGAUGACAUAGUAUACAUCACUCUACCUUUGUAUCAUAGUGCUGCUUCUCUCAUUGGGAUUGGUGGAUGUGUUUAUCUAGGAUCAACAUGUGUAUUGAGAAAUAAGUUCUCGGCAAGCAAAUUUUGGGAUGACUGCAAAACGUAUAAGGUUACAGUAUUUCAAUACAUUGGGGAGCUCUGCCGUUAUUUAUGCAAACAGCCUGUGAGAGAAAAUGAAAGGGAUCACAAAGUCCGCAUGGCUGUUGGAAAUGGUGUCCGAACUGAUGUCUGGAAAGAUUUUGUCACAAGAUUUGGAGAUAUAAAAAUGUGUGAGCUAUAUGGAGCCACAGAGGGUAAUGUUUGUUUUAUGAACCACACUGGAAAAAUUGGUUCUGUUGGCCGCAGCAAUUUCUUCUACAAGCUUCUCAUUCCAUUUGACCUCAUUAAAUAUGACAUUCAAAAAGAUGAACCAAUCAAAAACAAAGAUGGCUGGUGUGAAAGAGUAAAAACCGGCGAAGCAGGACUUCUGAUAUCCAGAGUGAAUCAUGCUAAUCCUUUCUUUGGUUAUGCUGGCAAUAAAAAGCACACGACUAAGAAACUGUUGUGCAACGUAUUUAAGAAAGGAGAUGUUUUUUUCAACACGGGAGAUCUGAUGGUUCAAGAUCAUGAUGGUUUUCUUUACUUUCGUGACAGAAUUGGAGAUACAUUUAGGUGGAAAGGAGAAAACGUUGCAACGACAGAAGUCUCUGAUAUAAUUGGAAUGCUUGACUCCAUACAAGAAGCCAAUGUCUAUGGAGUGGAGGUAGCAGGUCAUGAGGGAAAAGUGGGAAUGGUAUCAAUAAUUCUGAAGCCUGGCAUGACAUUGGAUAUAAAGGGCAUCUAUGAGCAUGUUGUGAACUAUCUGCCUGGUUAUGCAUAUCCACGAUUCUUAAGACUGCAGGAAAACAUGGAAAUCACUGGGACAUUCAAACAACAGAAAUUUCGUCUUGUGGAGCAAGGAUUCAAUCCGUCGUUAAUAUCAGAUCCACUCUACUUCUUAGAUGAUUCUCAAAAGUCUUAUGUGCCAAUGACCAAAGAUAUUCAUGAUAAAAUCUUGAAUGGUCAGUUAAAAUUAUAAUUUUCCUUCAAGUGUCUGUGAAGCAUACCAUUCCCUCUGACUGAAAUACUGGAUACUGUGAUGUAAACAUUUCAGCCGAUUUAAAAACCUGUUAUCUAUGCUCUAUUGACUUUUUAAAGGGGUUAUCCAAUUUCUCAAACAGCCCCCCACCCCAUAAGCCGGGCCACUGACGGGGGGGGGGGGGGUUCCGGGAGCAGCCAAUGGCAGGCAGGGAUGGGGAUGAGCCUCCCUAGCAUCACCGGUGACGCUAGGGAGGCUCGUCCCUGCUUGCCAUUGGCUGCUCAUCCCCGACACAGGAUGUUUUCAUCCGGGUACAGGGAGAAGCGGCGGUGGUGCGGAGACCAGGAGCGGCUUUGGGAGCGGGGCAAGUAUAUUCUCUGUGAGGGGCUCUGCACAUGGGGGGGGUUUGUUUGAGAAAAUGGAUAACCCCUUUAAUGGUGACUGCUAAGGCUGGGUAGACGUAUUGUCCUUACAUAAUGUUUGUAUGUAUAAUUAAGGCUAUUGGCACCUUUUGAGUCAAAUUUUAUGAUGGCAUUUUACAUUAUAUAUUUUUUCAAUUGGGUUUUAUUAAAACUUUUCUGCAGUUUUACAUGUGUUAAAAAAUCUGUCUAUUUGCAAAACUGUCAACCGAUGGCUCAUGUUAAGCCUUAUCUCUGAUAUACUAAAAUCUCAUUCAUAGCUAAACUCUCAUCAAACUGAUAAGAAUAUGGCUUGAACAGUUAUUUAUGAGGUCAGGAGAUCAGAGAUGAGGCUUCACAUGAGCUGUCAGCUGAGGGAACUCAGGAGGGACAGUCUGCAAAUAAACUGGAUUAUAAUAAAAAAAAAAAAUAAUAAUAAUUGUCCACGUGCAUCACAAAAAACUGCUGAAAAUUUUAAUAAAGACCAACUGGAGAAAAUUAUUUAUCCGAAAAUGUAAAACUGUUCUGAAGGUGUCUACAGCCGGUAAACAUUUUUCAUUCAUACAAUGACACCACUACAUACUAAACUUGCUUAUACUUUCAUUUCAUGUGUAAUUUUACAAUACUGACCAAUAUGGAAAAUACUAUUCCUGAUUGUAGAGGUUGUCAGUCUCACAAUUGUUUUUUUUAUUUUACAUUUUUAAUUUAACUGUCAAUUUAUUCAUGUUAUGUUACAGAAAUAGUAGGGAUGUCUGUAGCUGACUCACAGGACAACUUCAGUUUUUGAAAAUGUUUUGCUCAGUUUGUCAGUAUUGAAUUAUUUUCUAGGAACCUAAGAAGCCAGAAGAUUUGAUAAAGAUAAUCUCUUAACAAAUCAACUGUAAGCAGCAUACAUAUACUGGCUAGUGUUGUAGCGGCUCAACUAAGAUACCAAAACAGGACUGGUGCUUACCCCUAGGUAUCUCCAAUACCACCGUAAAGAAAAAGGAGAAAAUGUAAAGAUGGGGGGGCACUCUAUAACUGGCAAUACAUGGACUAUCGCAAUAGUCUAAAAACCAUAUAUUUAAUGAUAUCACAUCAAAAAACACACAUCAAUUAUAAUAAAAAGCAUAGAAAAAAAAUGGCCCUAUAAGAUGGAUGUAAAAUGCUGUAAACACAAUCUAUAUACCCACUAUAAUGGUGCUAUCCGUAUAUAGCUAACUAUAGGUGGUAUUAUGCCACAACCUAUACUGGUGGCAUUAUACAUACCACGAUAGAUGGUCCUACUGAAUAAGUGGUCCCCUAUCCUGGGACGUAUAGCAGUAUGUAUAUUUAGGACCAUUGAUGUCCACUGUCUUCAUGCAUAGGGUGAAGUCCUCCAAAAUGCCAUAUAGAGGAGGGUCACUGCUUAUAAUUUGUCAUGCAGACCUUUCUAAUCUGG